GUUUCGUAUUAUGCAAUUUGUUUUGAAAUGUGAAUUCAUGUUGUUUUCCCAUAUGCCUUGAAUUUAUGCAGCAUUUAUGCCAAGAAUUAAGUCUAGCAGAUCAGUUCAACUUCAGAGUCUCUGCGAUUUUGAUGAAGAGGAGCAGCCAGAGAAGGCAGUAGAGCCAUUAGAAUCAACUACAUCCAAUACUGUAGAGGAUUCAUCUUCAGAGCCACAAAAUCAAACAAAGCCAAAAGUAGAUCUCAUUCCUGCUAUACCUAAGGAAGAAGCUGGUACAAUUCUUCUUAAUAUGAACUCAGAUGAUAAGAAUACAGUAGAUGCUGAAGGUGCAUGCACUCAGAAAAUUGGAAGCAUUUUAGCAGGCAAAGAUUCCUCUUCUUCCCCUCAAAAACCUCUCCAAGAAAAAAUAAUUUGCACUCCAGCCGCACAAGCCAAGAAGACUGAUUCCAAGAAGGCUCAGACUGCCAAAAAAAUAGCUAGUUUGCUUAGAAAUCCUUCAGCACUUAAGCCAAAGGACAGGUUACAAUCACAAAUCAAAAGCAAUAAACCAGCUACCAGUGUUAAAAGAGAGACAAAUGUGAAGAAUGGUACUGGGGCUCCUAAUUUUGCUCAAGAAGACCAAGCAGUAAAGAAACAAAAACUGGAAGGAGGGAAAUCUCGACAGAUACUUAACAUCAACAAACCUUCAAAUCUACCCCACAAAACAAGAUCUGGCCUUAUCAGCAGCAACCUUACUGGCUUCUGCUCUUCAACUGUUAAAGCUCGUAAAGUAGACCGAAAGAUAUACAGUCGAGAACCUGCUACUGCCCCAUUUGUUUCCAUGGCCGAGAUGAUGAAGAAGUUCCAAUCAAGCACCAGGGAAACAUCUCUGCCUUGCAUAAGCAGUUCUUUUUCACAGAACAAUGCUACUGGAGCAAUGCAGAGGAAGCCUAAACUAACACUGACAAGGCCUAAGGAGCCUGAAUUUGAAACAUCUCAGAGGCUACGUCCAGUGAAAAUUAAGAGUUCAGCUGAGUUAGAGGAAGAAAUGAUGGCAAAAAUUACCAAGUUCAAGGCUCGUCCGGUAAAUAGAAAGAUUUUGCAAGCUCCAACUUUACCAGCAUUGCAAAGAAGUACACCCCAGCCUCCGGAAUUUAAGGAAUUCCAAUUGGAAACAAUGUUACGGGCCAAUCAGAAUGCAGAAACUUCUACUGUGGCCUCUACAGAAUCUGCACUGAAUCAUCAAUGGAAACCUCAUCUUACAGCACCAAAAUCGCCCCUACUUCAAACAUCUCUGAGAGCACGUCCUCCCAAGAUCAAAAGUUCUGAUGAACUAGAGAAAGAAGAAAUUGAAAAAAUUCCGCUGUUCAAGGCAAGACCUUUGAAUAGAAAGAUAUUUGAAAGUAAAGGGGAGAUGGGAAUGUUCUGCAAUUUGAAGAAGCAGGUUACUGUACCACAGGAAUUUCACUUUGCCAUAGAUAAAAGGAUUCCGCAACCAGCUGCAGUUGUUGAUCUAUUAGACAAGCUUUCAAUAAAAUCAGAACCUCAUUACGACAAGCCUCUAUCCAGAAAUACUACACCUAAUCCAUUCCAUCUCCACACCGAGGACAGAGGAGCAGAGAAAGAGAAAAGGAUAGUCAUGGAACUCACGCAGAAACAGCUGGAAGAGGAGAGGGCUAGGAUUCCAAGAGCGUGUCCAUAUCCUUAUACAACUGAUUAUCCCGUGAUUCCACCAAAACCCGAGCCAAAGCCAUGCACAAAACCAGACCCUUUUCAAUUGGAUAGUCUAAUGAGGCAUGAAGAGGAGAUUCAGAGAGAAAUAAAAGAAAGAAAGAGGAUGGAGAUGGAAGAAGCUCAGAGGAGAGUAUUUAAGGCUCAGCCUAUCUUGGAAGAGGAUCCUAUUCCAGUUCCUGAGAAAGCACGGAAGCCCCUGACAGAAGUGCAGGAAUUCAAUCUACACGUCAACCACCGAGCUGUAGAUAGAGCAGAAUUUGAAAAGAAGAUUAAGGAGAAAGAAACCACGUGUAAGAGAUACAGAGAGGAGGCAGAAUCUGCAAGAAUGAUGGAAGAAGAGAAGGCAUUGAAACAAUUACGACGAACUUUGGUUCCCCAUGCAAGACCAGUGCCUAAGUUUGAUAAUCCCUUCUUACCACAUAAGUCCGGUAAAGAAGUUACAAAAGCGAAGUCCCCUAAAUUGCAUAUCAAUGGAAGGAAAGAGAACCGAACAAUUGUCCGUGCAGCAGCAAAAGCUCCGAGUGCUGCCUCUCGUAUGAGGUGACCGUUCGUGUUCGUUGUGGCGAGUGGGAAAUGUUCAAGAACUCUUGAACUCAUAGUCGGCCGUUGCUUGAAUUUUUCUCGCUUGAGCCUCAAUACCAAUUCCAUCUUUUGUAAAAGCAAUAUUGUAGAAGCAAUUAGAUACUGUUAACAAGUAAUUUUAGAAUUUAUUCUAGUAAUUGAAGGAAAACUCUUCACCUUUUCCUGUCAA